AUGCCUCCUCUUUUGUUGUUCAAGUACCUCCGGGUGUUCAGAAUUGAUCAGGACAGUUCUAGUGGAGUCAUGGGGACCCUUGACCUCACCGCUAUUUGCCAAUUGUUUCAGCUGAGGUACUUGUAUGUUUCAGUAUCACGUCUUGUACAGCUCCCAGCUGAACUUAAAGGGCUUAUUUACUUGGAGACGCUGGCCAUACCUUUUGCAGAUCUCAAGAGCAUCCCCUCAGAUAUAGUUCAUUUGUCUCGCUUGUCCUAUCUUAGUUUUGGUAUGGAAGAAGGGCUGCCUGAAUGGAUUGGGGAUAUGAAAUCACUACGCAGUCUGAUAAUAUAUCGUAUGGUGACCAAUCCGAGCAUGAAGGCCAUUAUGGGUCUUGGCGAGCUUACCGAUCUUAGGGAACUGGUAAUCUAUGUGGGGUCUUUUGAGAAGCCAAAACUUGAUGCUUUGGCCUACUCCAUUGGACAGCUUUGUAACCUCAAAUAUCUUCGAUUCUAUGGGUCUCAUUCUAAAGUCGAUAACCAGCUGGGCUCAUUAUCCAAUCCUUUUCAACAUAUCGAGGAAUGUCGCGGGUCUGUAUUGAAUUUCCAUAGAGUUCCCAAAUGGAUGGGUGGUCUCCAUUGCCUUCGUAUCCUCGAUCUGCGUGUGGAGGAGACGUCAACUGAGGAGGUUCAUCUUCUUGGGGAGCUUCCCUCCCUCGUCAAACUUGAAUUUAGUUUGUCGCAUCUCCCUAAAGAAAGGGUUAUAUUGGGAAGAGGACUAUUCCUGGUUCUGGAGCACUUCACAUUUCACUCAAAGGAAGACAUUAUGGCAUACCUGGGAUUUCAGGCAGGGGCCAUGCCCAACUUACGAACCCUCGCUCUCAAUAGCGCGGAGUGGGGUGGCAGUAUACCAGUCGGCAUGGAGCACCUGUUAUGCCUCCAGAAGAUCAAACUGUAUCAGAAUUACUCUCGUGAUGCAACCAUGGUUUCUGCGUUCCGGGAUGCCUUAUCAGUGCACCCAAACCGCCCUUCUGUUGAAUAG